AUGGAGUCGAGAGUGAAGAACUUCAAAGACGCGCGUACUCUGCCGGAGUGCGAGAAGUCGACACUUAAUCUGAAUACUCCGUUUUCGAUUAACGACAUACUGACUAGAGAGAACGAGGCAAAGUGCGAAUACGAGAGUUUUACUAGUUCGAGUUUCAAAGUGAACUUUUUGGGUAAACCGGCCGGCGUCAAGGACGACGGCUGCCUCGGGAAAGACGUUUCGGAGAAGACCAUGAAGUAUUACGACGAAUGCAGCGCGUACCGCGAUUAUGGUGACGAUGGGGCAUUGGAUAUGUCGAGGAAGAACAACUUCCCGGUCACAGAACUGUCAGAUGACUAUGACUCCAGAUCGUCAACCACAGGCUCACCUAUAAGGCGCAGCAACUCAUCGCCCAACUCCGACGUCGGCUACAAACCCUUCAACCUACACUACGAACCACGCAAGUGCUCGACGCCCCCGCCGAGCGACUCGAGAACCCUCCACUCGCCCAACUACCCGCUUAGCGAGUACACACAAAAUGGAGGCAGGAAAAAGCGCUCCAGAGCGGCCUUCUCCCACGCUCAGGUCUACGAGCUGGAGCGACGGUUCAGCCAGCAGAGGUACCUCUCGGGCCCCGAGCGCGCGGACCUAGCUGUGAGUCUCAAACUCACCGAGACCCAAGUGAAGAUAUGGUUCCAGAAUCGACGGUACAAAACCAAAAGGAAACAGAUGCAAAUGCAGGAAAGCGGAAUGCUAGCCGCCGCAGCGGCGGCCGCGAGCCACGCGCGCAAAGUCGCGGUCAAAGUGCUAGUCAACAACGGCGGGCAGGCCCAGACGAUGUCCGACAUGAAGCCGUACCACACACCGGUGAUAGGCAAAACCCUGAACCCGCUAUUCACGCCGCCGAACCUUCUGGAAGGCUCGCCGAUACUGAAACACUUCGCGGGAGUGUACGGAGUAGACUUCGCCAAGAACCCCGAAUACAAGGCGCUACUGCAAGAGUCGUACAACCAGGCCGUCCUCCAAUCGCUGUACGGGCCCCACUUGGGGGUCAAUUACCCCAACAUCCCGCUGUCGUACAUGUACUACCCCGGCCAUUCCACUUUCGGGAUGCCCGUGCCGUGCGAUGUGGACAGAAAUCCGGGCGAGUCGAGUUUGGAGACCAAGGAGUUCGCGGAUGAAGGCGCGAGGUCGAAGGAGAAAAUCGAAAGAGAGAAAAUGCACGUCGACCUCAACGAGAACAGCAACGAGAGUAUGGCCAGUAACAUUGAAAUAGAAAAC